UCAAAGCCCAAUUUGGCCCAGUUUAGACCGCUUCUCGAGAGCCUGUUGAGCCCAUCAUUCGCUAAGCUCAAUCAACAACACCGAGCUCAACCCGUAGCAGAUCAAGGCGAGACCUCGGCCGCGUACCCACCAUCAUCUUCGACCUUUGGCUCGCCUCGCUUGUAUCGCUCCAUGUAAGCCAACGCUGCCGCCCACGCGUCACCCCCUUGCCCCAUGCACACCAGCUCUCAUCAGGAAUCCCGGGCACGCGUCACGUACGCUCCCCACUAUAUUAACCCCUGUUCUCGCCCUCAUCCUCUCACAGAAGCAAACUGAAGAAGCAAACUGAAGGUUAUCAUCUCCUCUUGAUCGCUUGAGAUGGCAGAGUAUAUCAGAGACCGGCCGCCGCAGCAGAUGCAGAUGCAGCAGCAGCAGCAGCCGAUGUCGCAUACGGUGGUGAAGGCGGUGACGGCAGCGAUGGCGGGAGGGUCGAUGCUGGUUCUGUCCGGGCUGACGCUGGCGGUGACCGUCAUCGGCCUGACGGUGGCGACGCCGCUGCUGGUCAUCUUCAGCCCGGUGCUCGUCCCCGCAGCGAUCGCCGUCUUCCUGGUUGCCACCGGCUUUCUCACCUCCGGGGGCUUCGGCCUGGCGGCCCUCUCGGUGCUGUCGUGGAUGUACAAGUACCUGACGGGGAAGCACCCGCCGGGAGCCGACCAGCUCGACCAGGCCCGGCAACGCCUCGCCUCCAAGGCUCGCGACAUUAAGGAGUCGGCGCAGCAGCGCAUCGACCAGGCCACCCAGUGAUCACAACAUGCUCUCCCAUCUGUAAUAAUGGACGUGAACAACGAUGCCAACCCUAAAACCCUUCUACCUGCAGUUCGUGUCUCCCUUUUUUCUCAUGUAAUGGCUCUAUUUCGUCUGUUAAAUGCUACCGUUGCUUGUUUCUAAGGUAAA